AUGAGGCUAUCACUUCGAGUCGGUUCGGCCGCCGCGCUCAUUAUCGUCACCCUCUUCCUCUUCAGCCGUCGCCUGACCACCGAGCAAACCCCCAAGUCCUUCUGGCGCUUCGAUACUACUUCUUUCCGCGCCGCUCUACGACCACAACCCGCGCAAGAUGUUCGCGGCCGGAAAUGGGGUGCUGGCACGGGCAACUCGGCCGUCUUGACUUUCCAGACUACUCCCAUCGAAAUCCCUAACGAGGGUAUUAUUGUCAUGGGGAAACUCCGUGAGGAGGACACCGCUUGGGUAUCCGCGGAAUUGGCCGAAUGGCGCAAUUUCGUCUACACGGUCGACGAUACCUCCGCACCCGCACAUACCCCAAAGAAUAAGGGCCGCGAGGCUCUCCCUUAUCUGCAAUAUAUCGUCGACCAUUACGAUGAUCUCCCGGCAAUUAUUAUUUUCCUUCACUCCCACCGCGACGGCUGGCCCGCCGGCUGGCACACCGAUACCAUGGACUACAGCAAUGUAGAUUCCGUGCGCGCACUUCAGCGCGACUACGUUCUGGCCGAGGGUUUCGUCAGUUUGCGUUGUCAAUUGUCGCCAGGUUGUCCCGCGGAGAUGCAGCCCUUCCGCAAGCCGCCAAAGCCGGGUAACACGGGCGAGAAGCAUUACGCCGAGGCAUGGAAAGUGUUGUUCGGUAAUGACAAUGUGCCUCAGGAGAUUGGUGCGCCGUGCUGUUCGCAAUUUGCCGUGUCGCGCGACCAGGUGCUUCAACGUCCGCUCAGCGAUUACAAGCGCAUGUAUAAUUGGGUGCUGAAUAAUGAUCUGCCGGACGAGGUCACCUCCAAUAUUAUGGAGUAUUCGUGGCACAUUAUUUUCGGCAAGGAGCCUGUUUUCUGUCCGGAUACUUUCCAGUGCUACGCCGAUGUCUACGGCGAGGAGGUUAUCAUCUAA